AAUAUGGAUUUCUUUGCUGCUUGAGAUUCUACUAACACAAUGAGUUUCCGGGCAAAAGUAUUUAAAAAGGACUACAGUGAACGGAGAAAAAAGAGGACAAUUAGACGAAUUAAUCACGGAGAAAUCCACAGUAUGAAUUGUCAGGAGAGACCCAAACUUCUGGAACCUUUGGAUUAUGAAACAGUAAUUGCAGAUAUUGAGAAGAAUGUUGAAAAUGAUCAUCUGAAAGACCUCUUUUUGUUCCCUGAAGAUGACUUUUCAAUAGCCACAAUUCCCUGGGAAAUAAAAACACUGUACUCAUCAGUUCCUGAAGAGGCAGAACAAAAGGCAGAAUAUUUAUUUGUUAAAGAGGCAUGUAAAUAUUACAGUUCCCAAUGGCAUAUUGUAGUCUACAAAUAUGAACAGUAUUCAGAAGACUUUAAACAUCUACCACAGCAUGAAUACCGACCAGAGAAACUUCCUUCACAUUCUUUUGAAAUUGAUCAUGAAGAUGUUGACAAGGAUGAAGAUACAACAUCUCACUCAUCUUCGAAAGGCGGUGGAGGAGGAGGAGGAACUGGAGUUUUCAAAUCUGGCUGGCUUUAUAAGGGGAAUUUUAAUAGCACAGUAAAUAAUAGUAUUACAGUUCGGUCGUUCAAAAAGCGCUAUUUUCAACUGACACAAUUAUCAGACCACUCGUACAUAAUGAACUUUUAUAAAGAUGAGAAGAUCUCAAAAGAGCCCAAAGGCUGCAUCUUUUUGGAUUCCUGUACAGGGGUGGUGCAGAAUAAUAGGCUUCGGAAACAUGCCUUUGAGCUGAAAAUGAAUGACUUGACAUACUUUGUGCUGGCAGCUGAAAAUGAGCAAGAUAUGGAUGAAUGGAUUUCUACUCUCAACAAAAUCCUUCAGAUAAAUCCAGAAGGGUCCAUUCAAGAGAGGAAAAGUGCUGACAUCAGUGAUCUGAGAUUUGAUUCCGAAGACAUUUGCCUGAAUUAUGACCACCCUGAAGAGGAAAAUGAUUCUUCAGAGAAUAACUUGCAUCCAGAUAUUACUAAAUACCUCACAGAAACAGAAAGAAGUGUUCAAGAAUCUCGGAAUGUAGACCGGCUAAACCUUUUCUCUUUAGACCCUGACAUUGCUAGCUCGAACACUCAAAGAAAGGAAUUCACAGAAAUGGAUCGAUUGCUCAAACCUUUUGAGGAGAAAGAGACAAAGCAAAUCAUGAUAACAUGCAAAUCGCUUAAUCUGAAUCUUCAAGCUUGUGUUUCUGAUAAUGAAAAUGAUCCAGUUACCAACAUUGAGCCCUUUUUUGUGAGUGUGGCUCUUUUUGACUUAAGGGACAACCGAAAGCUCUCUGCUGAUUUCCAUGUGGACCUGAAUCAUACUAUUGUUAGACAUAUGAUGUCAUCCUCAUCAGAAAAUGGAACUGUUGAAACAACUGGCAACAAAGAUGAAGAACCUCAGGUUAAAGGAUUUCCAGAAGAGUGGCUGAAGUAUCCCAAACAGGGAAUUUUCUCCAUUAGUAACCCUCAUUCUGAAAUUGUUUUUGUGGCAAAAAUUGAAAAGGUCCUCAUGGGAAAUAUUGCUACCAGUGCAGAACCUUAUAUAAGAAACUCAGAGUCUAACAAGUGGGCCCUGAAAGUAUUAAAAUCCAACAAACAGUUUUGCAACAAGUUGGGAAAAUAUCGGAUGCCUUUUGCUUGGUCUGUACGGCCUGUCUUUAAGGAUAAUCAGGGAAAUAUUGACAGAGAUUCCCGGUUUUCACCUUUGUUCCGACAAGAAAGUAACAAAAUUUCAACAGAUGAUUUAAUUAAACUUAUAAGUGAAUACAGAAGAACUGAGAAAAUUAAUAAAAUUCAGAUUAUCCCUGGAAGUUUAGAAAUUGCUGUUGAUUGGCUGCCGUUGGAGUAUCCAAACUCUAUAACAUCAUCUUUUAUACCAAUCAAACCGUUCAAUAAUAUCAAGAACCAUCAACCAACAGUAGAAGUGGAAGAAUUUGUUCAAGAAUCUACAAAAUAUUCUCAGGCUUAUAAAAUAUAUAAAAACCAAAUGUAUAUCUAUCCCAAACAUCUGAAAUACGAUAACCAAAAAUGCUUCAACAAGGCACGGAAUAUAACAGUAUGCAUUGAAUUUAAAAACUCAGAUGAAGAAGAAGCCAAGCCAGUGAAGUGUAUCUAUGGGAAGCCUGGUGGACCACUAUUUACCUCAGCAGCUUAUACAGCUGUGCUACAUCAUUCACAAAACCCUGAUUUCUACGAUGAGGUCAGUUUUCUCUUUCUGUAAUUUUAUACAUGCUGUUAUAAUAGACAAGUAUAUCAAGGAUACUUUUGAAAAAAUAGGUUGUUAAGGACUUUAGUGAAUUAUUUGUAAGUGAGGACAACCAUUCAACUCCAUAAUAUCUCUUAAAAACUAUUCUCAGAGCAGAAUAACUCAACACCCUGACCGAUAAGAACAGCUAGGUCUUCAGUUGCUUUCAAAAAUCCAUCAUGGUAGGUGUCAUCACCUUUGGGAGAAAGAUAUUCUAUAGGGCAAGUGCUAUGACAGAAGACAUGCUUCCUGUAUUCCAUCAGAUGGCAUUAUGUGAUAGAAGCGAUUCAGACCAUGCAAAAUCUGUUGACAGGGAAGGAUUUUAGUAAGACACAGAUAAUCACAGAAAUAAUAUGUCUGAAUGCUACAAAGAGUA